GCCCAUCUGGAGAUGGAUAUUAAUAAUUAUUAAGCAGCAACUCUUUCUAUAUAUAUAUAUACAUGCAUCAUCAAAGGGGCUGACCCAUUGGAGAAAUAAAUACAGAAACCAAAAAUGGUUCUGCUGGAGAAGCUUUGGGACGACGUUGUGGCUGGACCUCAGCCUGAGCGUGGCCUUGGCAGGCUCAGGAAAAUCACCACCAAGCCCUUGAACAUCAAAGAGAUCGAAGGAGAGGGGAGCAAGUUCCAGCGGUCGGUGUCGGUACCGGCCAGCCCAGCGACACCAACGACACCGACAACGCCUUCGUCGACAACACCAAUUGCGGCGCGUAAGGACAACGUUUGGAGGAGCGUGUUCCACCCAGGUAGCAACCUUGCAACGAAGAGAAUCGGUGGAGACAUGUUCGACAAGCCACAGCCUAACUCUCCCACUGUCUAUGACUGGCUUUACAGUGGAGAGACCCGGAGCAAGCAUCGCUGAGGUGUUGGGGUUGGUUACCCAGGGUUGCAUGUAAAUAGCGUUUUAUGUCUAAUUUACUGGCAGUCUCGUUUCUAUUGUAUUUUGGUUACGUGCAAUAGCGUUUUAUCUUUAAUUUACUGGCAGUCUCGUUUCUGUUGUAUUUUGGUUACGUGCCCUCAACUAGGCUUGCUUUCCGAGCUGACUAGAGCGGGGGUUGUGCGAGUAAUGCUAGCUAGGGUUUCGAACGGUGUUACUGUUUGUACGUUGAUCUUGGUAACUCAGAUCCAUCUGCUCUGUAAUGAUGGUGGUAGGUUACUUUUAUUAUUAAUAAUAUAAUAAAAUAUGUUGAUAUUGAA